CAAAGGAUGCAUGUGAGAUCGUAUGAACGUCUUUUGUGUUCUACCUUAGGGAGGCUUUCAAUAUCACCUGAUGCUGGCUUGAGUUCCAUGGUCAACGUCUGAGAAUUUGAAGACGUAGCAUGAGAUGUGAGAUUCGACACCAAUGCCUGAAGGUAAAAGCACAGUAAAGAUCCCAGAAAACACUGCAAAAGAGGACAUUCACAAUCUAAGAUCAACUGCUUUCAGCGUUGUUAGUCAUUCAUGAUGAUUCGCUGUGCUGGAUGCCAACAACUCACCACCACCAAGAGUGCAGGAACCCAGGCGGCUCUCCCAGCGUGAUGUUCUUCUCCCAUCGGAUCUGCCAGUCAAGGUCGCAGUGGAAGUGGCACCACCUGGAAACACUAGGCGCAGGGCAGGAAUAUGCCUUAAAGAGGGUGCCAGUCCAUCACAGGCCUGCAACACAUCCCAAAGUUCAGUGCGUAAAGGCCAAUGGCGCAAGCUUAAGCUGAACGCCUGUGAUCUUCGAUACCUCAGACGGCACUGCAUCAAGAACCACCACUCAACAAUAGCUGAUAUAACCACAUGGGUGAGGGAUUACUUUGGCAAACCUUUGUCAAGCACUACAAUACAGAGUUACAUGCAGAAAUGCCACUUAAAACUUUACUGUGCAAAAAAGAAGCCUUACGUUAACCAUGUCCAGAAGCGGCGUCGACUUCUCUGGGCUCUGAGGCAUCUAGGAUGGACGCCGUGUGCUCUGGACCGAAGACGAAAAGCACCAUCCAGACUGUUAUCAGCAACAAGUCCAAAAGCCAGGGUCUGUCAUGGUAUGGGGCUGUGUCAGUGCCCUUGGCAAAGGUAAUUUACUCUUCUGUGAUGGCAGCAUUAAUGCAGAAAAGUACAUUGAGAUCUUAGAGCAACAUGUGCUGCCUUCGAGACGUCAUCUUUUCCAAGGACGUCCAUGUACUUUUCAACAAGACAAUGCAAAACCACAUGCUGCACACAUUACAAAGGCGUGGCUGCGGAAGAAGAGGGUACGGGUACUGACCUGGCCUGCCUGCAGUCCUGACCUGUCCCCAAUAGAGAAUGUGUGGAGAAUUUUGAAACAAAAAAUGCGACAACGAUGACCCGUACUGUUACACAUCUUAAGACGUGUUUGCAGGAAGAAUGGGACAAAAUAAAAGCUGAAACACUAAAUCACUUGGUCUCCUCUGUACCAAAACGUCUUUUAAGUGUGGUGAAAAGGAAUGGAAACAUUACAAAGUGGUAAAUGCUUUGGUAUGUGUUGCAGGCCUAAAAUGCAGGAAUGGAUGUUUAUUAAUAAAUGAAAUUAAGUUGAGCAGAUAAAACAUAAAAUAUAUCAGGUUCAUCCUGAAAUUAAAUAAUAGUCAAAGUAAAUGUAAGAAACUCAGCAUUUUCCAUGCUGUCCCAACUUUUUCUGAUUUUUAAAGUUUAAAAUUUCUUACAAUAUCAAUGAAAAUGUCUUAGUUUAAGUGGUCUAGACAUAUGUUCUCAAAGCUGAAGCAGCACCAUGUAGAAGGAAAUUUGAUCAAAACCUAAUUGGGAAUAUUAUGUUGUGGCGAAUCUUAAUGUAACACACAGUACAACGUUAAAUACAGUACAACGUUUUCUUCAAACUUGAAGCUUGUGUGUUUGUUGGGUGGCUGCAGAAUAAUUGUUUUGCAUGACAAUGACGAAACGUAGUUAGACUUUGCUUAGACUCAUUUUAAAACCAAAUUUUUUCCAGUUCCUCAGUUUAUUUAUACAGGAAGUACUGAGGCGUUUUGAAGACUACAUCUAUCUACAUUAGAGCAGUGAAGUACGGCGGGAUCCCCUGACCUGCAGGUGCCACCAGCAGCAGCCAUGGCAUUUUCAGUGAGGAACCUGUCAAUAACUAUUGAUCAGAUCAAUGAAAACAAUACGUUCAGGACUGGGGACUGCAUCUCAGGAACGGUGAAUUUAGAGUUGACGAAGGAAAUUCACAUCGACAGUUUCUGUAUCAAAGCUAAAGGAAAAGCGUCCGUAUUGUGGUCUGAGAAUUACGGAAAAGGGAACGUAACUGUUUACGACGAUAAAGAGACAUGCUUUAAAUUAGCCCAGUACUUCGUUCAACAACAGAAAAAUCAAGAACGUGACGGAUAUGCACUAUUAACGAAUGAGACUGGGCAGUCAUACCCAGAUGUUGUCAGGCCUGGAAUCCACGUUUACCCUUUUACCAUUCAGCUUCCCCACCAAGACAUGCCUGUAUCCUUCAAAGGAUCCCAUGGAAAAGUGGUUUACUUUUUGGAAGCUAAGUUGUGUAGGUCAAAGUGGAUUCAGUGCAAGGUCAAAGAAUCCUUCAGCUAUAUUCCUCGAGGAGACAUGACUGUACCUGAUCUGACGAAGCCCCAAUAUGCGAACAAAGAGAAGAAAAUGAGGUUUUUUACAUCAGGGAGUGUGACCAUGAAUAUUUUUACUGAGAAGAUGGCUUAUCAGCUAGGAGAGGAGUUAAAGGUGAGGAUAGGCGUGGUGAACAAUUGCUCUCGCUCGGUCAAACCCAAGUUUUGCUUGUACCAGAAGCAGAGCUUCUUUGCGAGGAAGAAAAGAAAACUGCGCAUCAAAGAGCUGUUGAAAAGAGAAGGUAAACCCAUUGAGCCAUCGACCACUCAGACGAUCACCCAAGUAUUAAAGAUACCCACAGAUAUUCCUGUUUCCAUCCUCAACUGCAGGAUUCUCAAAGUGGAGUACAAACUCAAGGUCUACUUGGAUGUGAAAUUUGCUUCUGAUCCAGUAAUCAAACUGCCAGUGGUGCUUUUUCCUGCUUCAGAGUCCCAGCAAGCUAUAGGUGUAGCAUCAACAGAUGUGUGUGCUAGAAUUGAGUCCUGGACCAGCAAACAGGAAGAAUUAAACACAUCUGCUCUCUCAAUUUCUCCUCGACAUACCAACCAUGGAACAUACCAACCGCUAAAAGAGACGUGAUUAUGGACAGUUUAAUUUACAUACACAAUCCCUGUAUAAACAAACCCCAGUUUAUGGAUGUGAAAAAGAUAUGUAGAUGAUGUAAAGAUUAGAUUUAAAAAGUCCUUAAGUGGGACUUUUGUGCCUUCAGGGAAUAAAAGUUUUUUGCCUAGAGAAAUGGGUAGAAAUGGAA